GACAAGUAGAAAAUCUGAAACUAAAACUAGAAAUAUUUAAAUAUUAAAUAUGAAAAUAAGUUACUGUAUUGUAUAGAUCUAGAUCUAAGUAUUAACUGUAUAGUUAUUAACCUAAGGAUAGAUCUUAAUAAAACCGUGAGCUACUUUCAUCUGGAAUAACCAUGGUGGAACCGCCAAAUAAUACGAAAUUAUUGUUGGUCGAAAAUGAAAAAAAUAAAAAUGAUGCUGAAGCAAAUGAUGAUGAUGAUUGUGAUAGACUUAGUAGAGAAACCAUGCCUAACAAAAAUAUUAAUAAAGAAACUGAAGUCAGUUGUGAACUGGAUGGAGAUGACUUUUCUGUUAUCAGUCAAGCAGUACAAACAAAUUCGUCCACAGAGAAUAGUUUCAAUUGCAAUUCAAUAAUUGAACUAAAUAAAAUUAUAAGUGAUAAAAACAAAGAAAUCGAUAGAUUAAACAAAUGUUUGGCGAAGGCAGAAAGGCUUCUAGAAAGAUCAAACAGUUAUAAUGAAGAUUUACGUAAAGAACUUUCAGCCAUAAGUUCACAAUUGCAUUGUUUUAAAAAUAAAAUUGAACAUUUGUGUAACUCAUCUACUCAAGUUUGUGCUGCUGAUAUUGAUGAAGCAUAUGGUUUGAAACCAAUGCCACAGUGGGAGCCAGUCAGUGAUAAUACUGGUGCACUGUCAAUAGCAGAAAGUUUGAAAGCUGCAGCAGAGGAAGAAUUAAAAAAGAUUACAUCAGAAAUCCCACCCAGCAAUACAAAUAGAACACAUACUGAUAUGAAAGAUGCAAGUGGGGAGUACGUGUAUGAUGCAACAUCUGGGUUCUAUUACCACCCUGCCACAGGCUACUACUGGGACCCGAAUUCUGGGCUGUUUUAUGAUUAUACAACCGGGACAUAUUAUCAGUUUGAUUCAGAAACUGGUGAAUACAAACUAUAUUCUGUUGUAAAUGAGCCAUCAGCACACAUAAAGACCGGAUCAAGUAACUCGGAGAUCAAGGGAAGCGAGUUUGGGGCCAGUUCUGGCUUAAAGCUAUCUAAAAGAAGAAGGGUAAAACAAAAGAGACAUAAAAGAAGACUGAAGUCUACAGUAUCAAAAGUAGUUAGCUCAGUUGUGAUCACUGUGUCCAGUGGAGAAGAGGAUGAGAAACAAGACAGAGUUGAAAGAAGGAAUAAAAGGGAAAAAACAAAAGCCAAAACAGACACUACAGCAGAUGUAGAGCAAAGAGAAGAACUGACAGAGGAGAUAACUGUUGAUGAUGAAAAUAAAGAUAACUCUAGUGAAUCAUCAGGAAGUCUGGCUACAGGAGAAUCAGAGCUAGAGUCUGGAGAAUUAUCUAGUGAUAGUUCUGAUAUUGAGAUGUUAGACGUCAAAGCAGAAGUUUCAGCAUCUGAAGCUGGCUUGGAGUUGUCUGAUUAUCAGCCUUUAGAAAUAGCGGACAACCACCCGCCAUGUAUUAGAGUUAUUGUUCUUGAGUCUGAGAGCCUUCAGAUGGGUGCCCUACACAUUAUCACCUGCGCUGGUGGGAUGAUUGGACGAGAAGAAAACAAAGGAAAUGUUUUAGAAAUACCUGACAAAAGUGUCAGCAAGGUACAUGCGCAGGUGCAAUAUGACACAGACAAUAACUGUUAUCUUCUUUCUGACCUGGGUAGCCAGAAUGGAACAAUUUUAAAUGGAAACAGAAUUUCAAAGAGCCGAGACAAAAGUUGCGAGAACCAGCUGUCACAUGGUGAUGUCCUUCAGCUGGGCAGCACCAAACUUCUCCUCCACAUCCACAAGGGUUAUGAAACUUGUGAAGAUUGCGAACCUGGGCUAGUCCAGGCCAAAUUAAAAGCACUUAAUCCAAUUAAAAAUGACUACAAAGUAUUAUCAAAGGAAGAAAAGUUGCUCCUGAAAAAGAAAGAGUUAAAAAAUAUCAAGAAAAAGUAUGGACUGCAGAAUUCCAACUUUGAAAACCCUGGUACCAAGUUGAAUGAUGACUAUUGUGACAAGGCAUAUUUGAGAAGGAAGUUCAUUGGUAGUGAAGCUGAGCAUACAAGGCGGGAUGAACUGCCAGCCUCUGUACACAGCCCAAUUUCUGCUGAAAACAAAGGUCACAAGCUGUUGGCCAAAAUGGGUUGGAAAGAUGGACAAGGCCUUGGUAAAACAAACACAGGGAUAUCUGAGCCGGUUACCGUGGAAAUGAGGUUAAACCAGAGUGCAGGUCUGGGCUCUGCCUCUGGUCACACCGCCUCACUUGACCAGCUCCACAGUGCCAGUAAGACCAAGAGGUGGAUACACACACAACAGCGCUUCCAGAAUCUGGAGAAAUCUGGCACCCAACUGAGGGAGACAACUCCUGAUGCAGCUGUUGGUGACCAGGGUAGCGGGGACUUGGACAGUGCUGGAUCCGCUGGGGACACUAGUGGCACUAAAAUGGAAACAAAUAGCAGGACAGUAUGGGUCAGUGGCGGCAAGGAGCAGCUUGGUUACCCUUGACCACUGGUCUCCUUUGGCCACUGGUCACCCCUGGCCAUGGUCAUCCUUGGCCACUGGUCCCAACAAACAAAUGGUACAAAUAUAGUCAGUCUAUUGUGUAGAUGCAUACAGGAGCUUGAUGAAUAUGGCAGGGAAUGUGAGGACUUUGAGUCUAACCUGAAGGAACAACUGUGCUGACUCGCUAGUUUAUGGCUUGACUAACAUUCUUGUGUCAUUGACCACUGGUCAGAACAUCCUUUUUAAGCUCUAUGUAAACAAGUACUAAUGCUACCUGAGUGAUUAACUACUGUAACUGACCUUUAGUCAAAAGAGCCAGUAGCUAAGUCCAGUAUGAGGUUCAGUACCAUCCAGACUAAAGCCACUGUACCAGUCCUGACCACAACA